UUUAAGCGUGAAAUGUGAAAAUGGCGUCUUCACAGGACGCUUGGUAUUUGUCGUUACUAGGUUUAGCAGAAAAUUUCAGGACGUCCAGUCCACCAAAUAUAAAGUUGUGUAUACAGUGUUUACAAGCAGUUUUUAAUUUCAAACCUCCGCCUAGAGUUGAAGCUCGGACACACCUACAGUUGGGAAAUAUUUUGCUGACCCAUACAAAGAACAUCGAUUUGGCUAGGACUCAUUUGGAACAAGCGUGGCUGCUUUCGCAAGUGAUAAACGCGUUUGACGACGUGAAGUUCGAGGCGGCUAGUGUCCUGGCGGAGCUGUAUGAACAGCAAGCACAGUCUAGCUUGUCAAAACCCAUCCUGAGGAAGGCCAUCGAAUUAUCGCAACACAGCGUUUACUGGCAUUGUAGACUUAUCUUCCAGUUAGCACAAAUUCAUGCGAGUGAACGGGACUAUGAGCUCGCGAGCAGUCUGCUGGGGGUUGGGGUGGACUAUGCCCAUAUUUCCAAUGCAGCGUACACCAGGGUUCUGUUCCUACUCAGCAGAGGCAUGCUCCUGCUAAUUGACAAGAAGUUCCAGGAAGUGCACCCCCUUCUGAACCAGGCCGGCCACCUUGUGGACGGCUGGCAGGGCAAUCAGUUCCAGAAGGAAUACCUGAAAGUGUUCUUCCUUGUGCUGCAGGUGUGCCACUACCUCAUGGCGGGGCAGGUGAAGAGUGUGAAGCCAUGUCUGAAGCAGCUGCAGCAGAGCAUCCAGACAAUCAUGCAGCCCACUUGGCCGUCAGAUGAGAGUGUGAGUGGUCCGAAUGUGGGGGACAUGUUCAUCUGGAUGCCAAAGGAGCACCUGUAUGUGUUGGUGUACCUGGUGACAGUGAUGCACAGCAUGCAGGCCGGCUACAUGGACAAGGCGCAGAAGUACACGGACAAAGCUCUCAUGCAGAUCGAGAAACUUAAGAUUGUGGACAAUAGACCAAUCCUGUCAGUAUUCCAGUUGAUGCUACUGGAGCACAUCAUCAUGUGUCGGCUUGUGAUGGGCAACAAGUCCUUGGCCCUGAGUGAGAUUUCGCAGGCCUGCGGUCUCUGCCAGCAGCAGCCACGACUCUUGCUCGCCCACCGGCCCCAGUUGCAUACAUUGCUCGGCCUGUACGCCAUGAGCAUGAACUGCAUGGAGGCAGCCGAGGCCCAGUUCACUGCUGCACUUAGGACAUCACAGGAACGAGAGCUGUGGACAUUUGCAAACUUAAAUCUGGCCAUUGUUUACCUGCGAGCAAAGCGUGAGCAGGAGUUUUCUGCCCUUCUGGAGAGGAUCAACCCUGAGACCUUGCCAUCUCACUCACACAGCCUGCGGGCUGCGGCAUACUAUGUGCAGGGGCUCCAGUCAUUCUUCCAGGCUCGUUACAAUGAAGCCAAGCGGUACUUGCGAGAGACGCUCAAGAUGGCCAAUGCAGAGGAUCUCAAUCGCCUGACAUCAUGCUCCCUAGUGCUCUUGGGCCAUAUCUUCCUGUCAUUAGGCAACAGUAGAGAGAGCAUGAACAUGGUGACGCCUGCCAUGCAGCUAGCAAGCAAGAUUCCCGAUGUGCAUGUCCAGCUGUGGGCCUCUGCCAUCCUGAAAGACCUGUACCGGAUGUGCGGCGACCCAGUUCGAGAAAAUGAAGCUUUCCAGAUGCACUGCAACUUCUCUCAGAUGCUGCUGAAAGACCACUUCCAGGCCUCGCAGAUGGCAGAGCACAAUCUGAUCCAAUGGACAGAAGGUAGCUUCCCCAUGCUGGUUGGCAACCCUCCCAGCACAUCUGACACACUGCUCUGAGCUGCAUACUUGUCUCAGGUGUGUCCGUGCAUCCCGACUGAAUGACGGGAUAGAACUUAAGUGUACAGGUGAUUACGUACAUUGGUUCUGUGGAUGAGGGCGCAUGACCUCUCUCAGGACUCUUUCACUCUAAUGUUCUGUACAUUUGUUUGGACCAGAAUGCUUGCAAGUCACCCCUUUCAAAAUCCUAUCAUGGGACGAAUGUGCAGGGGUGAAUGUACACAAAUGAAAACGUUGCUUGGGGUGGGCACAGUGCAGAAAAUUACUUUGUUUAUAAGAAGGCUACUUCAGAAAAAGGAACUGUCCAGCACAGUGAAUUGAACUGCCUCUGCUUUACCCAGUAACAACUCAGAAUGGUCUCUGUAUUAUAUUUACUGAGGAGGAAAUCCCUGUAUUAAUGUGCAUAAUGAAAUAUUUAGGCUUUCCUAAUGGUUUGUUGAGAUGUGUGCUGUGUUGGGCUGAUUUGCCAAGGUUUCGGAGUGGGGUGAUCAGACUAGCAACAGGUCUGCUCCCACACCAGUGACGUGGAGAAAUCUUAUGUGCAGGCAGUUUCAUUGCCUCAUCACUCGGAGUGUCAGGGUCCUGUCUGCAGAUAGUAGAAGCUGCCCCACAUGCACAGUGAGCUGUGUAGGCAGUUUCCCUGACUUGCCCCACAGAACUGAGGCAGUUAGAUCACCAGUGUUCUCCAGUCAGUUAAUGUAACAGCUGUGAAAACCACUUGUUUUUGUGUGUGCUUUGUUUUACAAAGAUUUGUAUCAUAUUGGUACUAAUAUUAUGAAGGCUUAUCUGCUGGUUAGAAAAUACUGUUGCUCUUGUGGCAGCCAUGUUGCAGCAGAGUAGACUAAUACAGGUUGCCCAAGUACAGUAUAGAUCACAAGUUAAAUUUACUCUGAGCAUGUGAACAAAUUUGCAGAAGGUUGCCUGUCAGUUUAUUGCCAGCAUGAGGCUGUGAAUACCAACACAAUUUAUUGCAGAGAUGUUACUACUUCUCUGCAGAUUGAGGCUCUUGAAAUGUAUAGCUUCCAGCAGCAUUGCCUGCAGUCAGACAUAUAUUUCUCUUGCAGUUUUUAUCGAGAAUAUGGUUUGAAUAUAGAGCUGGGGCUGCUUGUUCAGUAGAGUGACUAGGCUACAGGCUGUAGACUGGGGAAUCUUGGUUCAAUUCCUGGCAGAGGAAAGCGUAUCCAGAUGAGCGUGGGCCCACCCAGUCUCCUAGACAAUUCUUCGCGUCAUCAAAGCUUUAUCCUUGGUGGAGGUUAAGAUUUCAGCCUGUGAGAAGAUAAAUCCACACACAGAUUGAACUGGGGAUCAAAAUCACCACAACCAUGUGAAUGAGGGUCCAGCAUUAUACCUCAACACAAAGACCCCAAUGGUUGAAUCAGGGGACAGUCCUAGUUUGCUGUAGUAGGCUUUCAAACAAAUAUUCCUCAUUCAUAACCCCAUGUCUGCGGUUGGCUGCAUCACCCUGAAGAUGGAACUUGCUACUACUCAAAAAUGUUGGCAGACCAGUCCACCAGUAUACUUUCAUUAUUUAAUGCACACAAUGGUUCCCUGAACUACAGCGGAACCCCUGUUAAGAUUUCUUUGUGGAACAGUGGAUUUGAACACUAGACUGAGGAAAGGCAUAGAUGGAGUUUCCACUAUGCUCUGCAAAUUCUGAGGUGAACGGAACAUGCUGUGAUGUGAGGGUUCAGCGAGAUGUACUGUGUCUGCAGACUGCUGUGUGUGACAGUGAACUUGUGCAGAUAAUAAAGUUUUAUCAUUA